CAAAAGUCCUUCCCCCUCUGAACCCCCAUCCCUACUGCAGCUGGAGGAGUUUUUCCAGUCUCUGUGCUCCCCCGGGGGGAUGGAGGCUGAGAGACCCCAGGAAGAAGAGGAUGGCGAGCAGCAUCAGGGCCCCCAUCAGGAUGAGCAUGGCUGGCCCACUGUGAACACCAGCAAUCGGCCUUGGCGAUCUGCUCCUCCGUCCCCUCCUCCUCCAGGGUCCCGCCACACAGCCCUGGGGCCCCGCUCGGCCUCCCUGCUCUCCCUGCAGACUGAGCUCCUUCUGGACCUGGUGGCUGAGGCCCAGUCCCGCCGCCUAGAAGAGCAGAGGGCCACCUUCCAUCCCCCCCAGAACCGUCCAAGCCUAGGCCAAGCCCCGCCCCGGCCUCUUGAGGACAGAGAACAGCUCUACAGCACCAUCCUCAGUCACCAGAGCCAGCGGAUGGAAGCCCAGCGGUCAGAGCCUCCCUUACCCCCAGGGGGACAGGAGCUCCUGGAGUUGCUGCUGAGAGUUCAGGGUGGGGGUCGAAUGGAGGAGCAAAGGUCCCAGCCCCCCCCACACACCUGCUGAGACUUGAGCCCCACCAGCCCCUCUGCACUCCUGCGGCUCAAAAGCUGGGCAGCCCACUGCAUGCCCUCAACCCUGCCAGGCAGGGGCACCAGAGACUGGAAGACCCAGCAGAAAUCUCAGUAUUCAUCGCCCUCAUCCACCUUUCCUGGGAACUGGAGCGGGUGAAAUCCUCAAACCCUGGGAAUAGUCAAGGUAGGAUGGACAUUGAACUCCCUCCAUGACCAAGUAUGUAGGAGCUUGAGGCCAUGAGAGGAUCCCAGCCACAGUGGGACACCUCACCCUCUCCUCUGAUCUCAGGGAGUGGCUGGGAGUCUUGGUCCUGAACUGUGGGGACACCCCCCGUAGUCAAGCCACCAGGCAGGAUCUGAGGUGCUCAUUUCCCAGAGGAAAGGCAAAUCUCCCAAGGUUUUCACCUGAGAGACAGUUCCACCCUCCUUCUCAGUAAGAAGAAAGGAAGAGAGGGCACAGCAAAGACAUAAAGACUGUUCUCCCACCUCCAUCACCAGCACACCCAGCCCCUGGACUGAGGGGCCUACAGGCUGUGAAUGGACAUUUAGCCCUGCCCACCCUCCCUUCCCACUGCUGUUCUAAGCUGUCUGAUGUUUGGUUAUAUGAAUAAAUGUA